CCUCCACACACACACACACACACACACACACACACACACACACACGCAUGCAUACAAACCCUCUUUCUACUAAAGUCAGUCCUUAGGUGCAAAUUAGACCACUCCACUCCCUCCACACACACACACACACACGAUGGGGGAGGAUUCUUCAUCUGGACAGCUUCUGUACAUGUUGGGAAUGCUGCUGGCUGUGUUCUCCAAGUCCAUGUCCACCUCAGUGGUGGUGCGUGGGGGUCAGACGGUCCAGAUGAACUGCUCAUUUAGUGUAAAGGAGACGGGAUUCACCUCAGUCACCUGGCUGAGACAAUCCAACCGGUCCGCUCCAGUUUCCAUCAUCACUGUUUUUUAUAGCCAGCAUGAGACAAGCACCCCAACUUACCACAACGGAUUCAGCAGUCAGCGCUUCACAUGUACUCUGGCCAACAGCAUCUGUGUGUUAGAGAUCAGAAAUGUGAGUGUGUCUGAUUCUGGACUUUACUACUGUGGGUACCAGCCAGGGGACACCAUGAUCUAUUGCAACGCCACCUACCUAACCAUCACAGCAUCUGUAGAAAAGACUGACACGGCACCUACAGAGAAAGCAAAAGAAGAAGGAUGGUUCUGCAGUGGGGUGUGUGGAACCGUGGUUCUAGUCCUGGGGGUUCUCAGUGCUGUUCUCAAUCUGGUGCUGGUCCUCCUGAUCCUGACCAAACGCAGAGCUGGACAGAACACAGAGUCCAGAGGUCAGCCUCACUCUCCCCCUGCACAGGCUCAGGAUUCAGACUCUCUGAACUAUGCAGCUUUGAGCUUCUCUGGCAAGAAGAAGAAAAGGAGCAACUUCAACCUCCAGCCCGACAACCCACAUGUCAUAUACGCUGCCACUAGAUAAACACGCAUUGCACGCACUGU